GUGUGCCAAUUUAAAUACGCUAAUAAGUUCACAGAUAUGUCAGAUGGGAGCGACGGCACUAGACGUGUAUCAAACGUGACAAACUAAGCUAACCAAAUCAUCAGUUUCCUCAAUGAGUGAUACGGAACAACUUGACGCGGACACUCCCGUCCCCGAAGACGCGUGGCCCGAAAAUGGCGGCGCGUGGAGCGAUGGAGAGGGGGACGCGAUGGAGUCUGGCCUCUUGCAGGAAAUGGUCGAGGAAGACGAGUCAAUCGAUCUGUUCAACGAAGAGACAUUUGGAGCAGAAGCAGAGAUGGGGGGAGGGGACGUUCUUGGCCGAUCCAUCGACGACGACGACAACACCCCACACCCAGAGGAGAACCCUCCACCUCAGUCACCCUCUCCACCUCCUCCCCCUUCCCCUUCUCCUCCUCCUCCUCCUUCUCCGUCUCAAUUCCGAACUCCCCGGCCUCUCCCCGGCAGACAGCCCGUCUCCUUCCCCGUUCCCCGCGUUCAGCCACGGUCACCGGCGGUGGUGUGGUUCCGCGGCCGAGGCCAGAGGGGGCGGGGGGGGCGCGGGCAGAUCUUUGAGGACCCGGCGGUGGUUAAGAGCGUCAGGGUGCGACCCAGUCUGAAGAGCCUUGACAGUGCCAUAGUGGACUGCUGCCACACCUCGUAUUGGGAACAUGUGAACUCCAAUUCAUGGGUGGCACCAUCCGAAGGGUUAAGAGGACCAACCAAGCCCAUUCUGCAGGAUGAGGCCAUCCUCCGAGUGAUUGACAGGCCUGUAUGUGCCCCCCGCCUGCCCACCUACACUCACUUCCUGUCUAAAUCCCGCCCCUACCUGCCCACUGCCUUCCCAGGGAGGAGGGGCCCGGUGAGCGAGAACCCCCCCGUCUACCCCCUCUCCCAAGGCUGGUACACUCAGAUGAAUCCCAUGAGUCCUCGCUCACCACUGCGUCCACGGCUGUUUAACCCCCGCCAACAGUUUAACCAGCCCCGCAUCACUUCCCCUCAGCCACUCACUCCAAAGAUGGCACAGCCCCGAUUCGGCCCUCUCUCUCCAAGACCCGCCCCCCUCUAUAGCCCGUCACCCAAUGCAUACCGCUUCAGAUUCCCCGCGUCUGUGACUCAGCUCCACCCCCAACACAAACGCCUGCUGAGCCAGAGGCCGUCCAAACCACACAGGAAACCAGAGAGGUGGGAUCCGUACGCCCUGCUGAUGUCAGAGAAGGAGAAGGAGUGGGUCAUCAGACUACAGAUGAUUCAGCUGCAGAGUGAAAACCCACACCUGGACGACUACUACUAUCAGGAGUACUACAAGAGGAUGGAGGCCAAGCUGGCGGAGGAGGAGAAGAGGGGCGAGUGGGCCAAGAGGGAGACCCCCAAACUCACCACCCCUUACGUCAUCAAGAGCGAGUCCUACACGCCAGUGGUCCACAUCGAAGGAUCGCUGGGGCAGGUUGCCGUGUCGACGUGUUUCUCCCCGAGACGAGCAAUAAAUGCUGUGCGCACACACAGCCCUGAUGAGGAUGUAAAGGACUCCAGACAACCAAGGAUGGAGGUGUACAUAGAGAAGCUGUUCAGCCAGCUGCUGGAGGUGGAGGAGGCCGCCAGGAAGAAGGGGUUUGUGUGCGUGGAGGAGAAGGGUGGACUGAUGGAGGAGAUGGAGAAGAAGGUGAAGCAGAUCUACUCCCUAAUCCGCCACGCAAACCUUCACGAGUCCAGUGAGGAGUUUCUUCCAUGCCUGCUGGUCUCCAAAGGCAAGCGAUUGUUGGCCCGCCUCCUGCCAUUCUUAUCCCAUGAUGCAGCACUGCAUGCCCUCACCAUGGUGACCACCCACCUGCCCACGCUGAUGAGCAAAGACACUGACGAGGCCCUCCCUGUCUUGUACGCUCCCCUGCGGGAUGUGAUCAGCGCUCUGUCCUUCAGUCAGCUGAUUGGGGUCCUAAAGGACUUCACCAUCGUGGUGCCCGAGUCCAGCGAGACCAUCCUCACGCUCGCCUGUCAAAAUGAGUUCGGCCUGUCUCUGCUGUACGUGCUGCUGUCCCAGGGAGAGAGACUCCUGUCCUCUAAUGUGCCCAUGGAACCCAACAUCGGAGACUUUGAGACAUGGACGGACACGGUCUUCCAGGUGGCCCAGCAGCUAUCCCACGCCUCCCUGGUGGAGCCGCUCUUCCUGCCCUCCAACCUGCUGACGCUCUUCUGCCGCUACCUGGACAAGCGCACCGUCCACCAGCUCAAGAGCAACAUGGAGUCUGCCUCAGGGUACCUGGCUGUCGCGUCGUAGAGUGAUGUUGGACGUCGCUGCUGUGUGGACAGGUGUGUGUGUGUGAGACAAACACCUGUCAAGCAUCUGGAGGCUAGCAUACAUACAGCCUUGUAUGUGUAUAUCCAUUUCCUUUUUGUCUGCGUCUGUCUUCAUGUAUGCAUGUAUGUACAAUUAAUUCAUGAAUAUGUACGAGUACAUGACCUGCAUGUCAUCAGUGGAAUGUUAAAAAUGGAUUGGUCUACAGAAGAGCAUGUAGAAGUGAUGUCAUUCUGUGAUGUCAUUCUGUGAUGUUCUUUGGCCUGUUGACGUGAUGCUCUCCUCCUUUUUGUUCAUUUGUUUAAUUCCUUCACUUAAUCCACGCUCCCUUUUUUUUUUUUUUUUUUUGCUUUUUGUGUAAAUCUGUUUCCUUGUAAAUAUAUCGUGAAGCCUUCAGGCGUUUGAUGCUAGGCUGCAUGUGUCUAGUCCCCUGAGCUUAAUUCUUAAUCUAACCGCGCUAGACUGAAUUUGGUCGUGUGUGUGCUUGCUAUGUGGAGCUUUUCUUUUCUUUUCUUUU